ACAUCUCUACUAUUAGUAUCAUAUCCACAUCGUGGUUGUGUGAGUUUCGUAUUCUGGUAUUGGUUGUAACGGAUUGGCUUUUCAAUUUUUGCAGGUAAUCAGACAGACAAGGUUGAAAUAAACAUGAGUGUAGAAAAUGAUCUUAAGGACUUAAAAAUAGAUGAAAUAUAUAUAUCUGAAAAUGGAUCUGAUGAAUCUGGAGAUGGAACUCACAAACUACCUUUUAAAACAGUUUUACAGGCAAUGAGACAUGCUGGUAAAGAACCAUUUCCUAAAUUUUACAUUGAAUCAAACAAGGAUGGAGAGAAGUGGCAGUUGGUUUCCCAAUCACAAAUAAAAAAAGUGAAGAAAAUAUGGCAGAGAGAACAGUACAAAAAUGCAGAAAAAGCUGAUAAGGAACAAAAUGAUGCUGAAAGAAGAGAAAAAAAUCUUGAAGAAGCUAAAAAGAUUAUCAUUACGAUAGAUGAUUCUCUAGCUAAGCCUGUACAGGUUAAAAUCCGUGACUGCGUUUCACAUCGCAACAAAAGAGUAAAAAUAUAUGGAUGGGUUCAUCGACUAAGGCGACAAGGUAAAUCAUUGAUGUUCAUUACUUUGCGAGAUGGAACUGGUUACUUACAGUGUGUAUUAAACGAUUUACUUUGUCAAACGUAUGAAGCUCUUGUUUUAUCCACUGAAUCUUCAAUCUGUGUCUAUGGAAUAAUCAACUCAGUUCCUGAAGGAAAAAGUGCUCCAGGUGGUCAUGAACUACAGUGUGAUUUCUGGCAGCUUGUUGGUGAGGCCCCUUCAGGCGGUAUUGACAAUGUAUUGAAUGAGGAAUCACAUGUUGAUGUACAAUUAGACAAUCGGCAUUUAAUGCUUCGAGGUGAAACGUUGUCAAAAAUUGUAACCGUUAGAUCUUAUCUUAUGCGGUGCUUUCGAGACCACUACUUUCAUAACAACUACGUAGAAGUUACACCACCAACUCUUGUUCAGGCUCAAGUAGAAGGUGGUUCUACUUUAUUCAAAUUAGAUUUCUUUGGGGAAGAGGCAUAUUUGACUCAGUCUUCUCAACUGUAUUUAGAAACGGUUAUUCCUUCUUUAGGUGAUGUUUUCUGUGUGGCGAUGUCUUAUCGAGCAGAACAAUCGAGGACUCGGCGGCAUGUUGCUGAGUAUACUCAUGUUGAAGCUGAAUGUCCAUUCAUUACUUUUGAUGAUUUGCUCGAUCGCAUAGAAGAUCUAAUCUGUGAUGUUGUAGACAGAAUUUUAAAAUCACCUGUUGGGCAUCUUGUAUAUGAGUUUAACCCAGACUUUAAACCACCUAAAAAACCUUUCCGCAGAAUGAAUUAUGCAGAUGCAAUAAAAUAUUUGCGUGAAAACAACAUAACCAAAGAUGAUGGCUCUUUUUAUGAAUUUGGUGAAGAUAUACCAGAAAUGCCUGAACGAAAAAUGACAGACAAAAUAAAUGAACCUAUUAUGUUAUGUCGUUUCCCAGCUGGAAUAAAGUCCUUCUAUAUGAGCAAAUGUCCUGAAGAUCCUGCCCUUACAGAAUCGGUUGAUGUGCUUAUGCCAUCUGUAGGUGAAAUUGUAGGUGGUUCUAUGAGGAUGUGGAAAUAUGAAGAAUUAAUGGAAGGAUAUGCUAAAGCUGGAAUUGAUCCAAAAAAUUACUAUUGGUACACAGAUCAGAGGAAGUAUGGUAGUUGUCCUCAUGGUGGGUAUGGUCUAGGGCUUGAAAGAUUUCUUACCUGGCUUCUGAACAGAUACCAUAUACGAGAUACAUGUCUAUAUCCACGAUUUAUUGAUCGUUGCACUCCAUAAGCUCUUUUGCGCAUCUUGGACAUUCCUUUACAUCUUGAAACACAAUGAGUUAUUUUUUAACAUAUUUAUUGUUUUGAAGGACCAUCCUUAUUGCCUGUAAUAUACAUUUUGCAUGCUAGGGUAUUAGCUGAAAUUUAUAACUUUCUUGUACUGUAUUCUUUGAUGGCAAUAAAAAGCAUGCAAGUAAUUA